UACUAAUAUAAUCAUGACUCGUGAUUCAAAAACCUACUUUCGAUUUGUGAUAUAUUUCUAAGAAUUGCAUAACGCCAACGUAAGUUUUACACGCGGCCACAUCGACAAAGUGAGUUGGUUUAAUACCUUACGAAGAUCUACAGGCACGGUGAUACGGAGAGUAAUGGCGAAUUAUCCACAAAAUUACCCAGGGGCUUGGGCAGAACAUAAUGCAGGAAGAGGUGUUCAAUAUAACUCCACUCCACAACCUCAAAUUGGUCCUCAAGAUGGAGGGCAACAUCACAGAGUCAGUCAGAAUGAAGAAUUUCGUAGUCCUCCUCGACCAGACAGAGAGACAUCAAACAUGGCUGGUCAAAGAGUAAAUAGACCAGGGCAGUAUGACAGAAGCCCAAGUCCAAAAAACAGAAACAGAUCUGCCCGUGGUGAGGGAGGAUACAGGAAUGAUGGCAUGUGGAGAGGUGGACCUCAGUCACCUCAGAGUGACAGUAGCUUUGGCAGUCCACAGAGUAACUACUAUCAAAAUAGGUGGAGGGACAAUGAAAGAAAGGUAUAUGAGUCGUCACCAUCUUAUCAAAGGAACAGUCGAUGGGACCACAAUAAUAGCCCAAGAAACUACCAUUCUGAUAGCAGCCAGAGCAGUGGGAGUGGAAGACACAGGGAUAGAGACCCAGAUGUGCACCUGUCAAAGAAGUUGUCAUUUCUCCUACGCCACGGAGCAGAGAAAUCAGGCUUCACCUUGAUGUCAGGAGGAUUCUUAUAUGUAGAGGACAUUUUAAAACUUCCUGAAUUGCAAGAGUUUAGUUUAAAAGAUGUCAGAAGAAUUGUGGAAAACAAUGACAAACAAAGAUUUGCUCUCCAGCCAAAUCCAGAAAACAAAAAAAUGAUGAUAAGAGCCAAUCAGGGUCACACCAUGCAGGUACAAAAUCUGGAUUUGAAGCCCAUUACCAGUGCUGAAGAGGCACAGGAAGUCAUUCAUGGUACUUACUACAAGAGCUGGGAAAUCAUCAAACAUUCGGGCCUGAGUCGCAUGGGAAGGAAUCACAUUCACUUUGCUGCUGGAGAACCAGGGGAGAAUGGAGUCAUCAGUGGUAUGAGAUCAUCCUGUGAGGUGGUUAUUAGGAUAGACAUGGAGAAAGCCCUGAAUGAUGGCCUCAAGUUUUUCCGUUCUGCCAACAAUGUGAUACUGUGUGCAGGAGAUAAGGAUGGUAUCAUCUACCCUGCUUACUUUGACGUUGUUAUACAAAGACAUCCAAGGAUGAUGAUACACUUUGACAAGUGUGUAACGAAGGCCAAUGCUCAAGAAGUUCCCUCUAAAAGUAAGAAAAGUAAGAAAACCAAAAAGCGUGAACGAGAGGAAGACAGUGAGGGAGGGAAGAAAAAGACUGGACGUCAAGAGAAGAAAAAGGAAGAAAAGAAUGAAGACCAGUCUGACAGUAUAGAAUAUGACUUACAAAAUGACUUUCUUGAAGGAAGCAAUUCAAAAGAAGCUGCUUGUGAAGAAAAAAGAAAGAAAACAGAUACUCCGGCAGUUGAUGAGAAAAUCAACAAAGCAGUUGAUGAGAUACCAAACCAACCUGUUGCUGAGGAAGCCAACCAACCUGAAGAUGUGACUGAUGCUUGGGAUGAUGGCCAACAAGAAGCAGAAUCAGACGUUUUAGUGGAGGAAGAAUACACCACUACAAAAAUUGAUGAUGCUGACAUAAGUAAAUGUACCUUGAAAGAGAUUUGUGAGAAAAAGUCAGCAGUGGCCGUUCGUUGCUAUGGAGACAAGUUGGGGGAGGAAGGCGGCAGCAUUUCCCACAUCAUGUGUGUGGACAGGAAGGACUGCUUCCUGUUUCCUGUGAAGGAGAAUCCAACUUUGAUGACAGAGGGCACAUUACAAGAUUUUCUCACUUCUAAGGCCUUCCCUAAGGUCUUCCAUGGUUGUGGCAAGGUGUCUAAAACCCUGUUUGACGAGUUUGAAGUUCUUCUUGAUGGCACAAAUAUCUACGAUACAAAGGUUGUUUAUACAAGGAUGAAGGAUGGAGGUGAGGGAAAUAUGGGAGACUUUGAGAAGAUUAAGUUCUGCCCUGAUAAUUGGCCUGAAGACCAAGUAUCUGACCUUCUUUUGGAAAAUGAUCCAGAGGAGCGGGAUAGAUGCGUUACCAUCCUCAAGGCCUAUGAAAUAAUGAUUAAUGUUGAAGGUAUGGAUAGAAAAUACAAAAAGGACAUCUUUGAGGAAGCCAAUGGUAUAAUUGGCCAAGAUGUAAUUAAGGAGUUUAAGAAAAACAAGGCUAAACAAGCAAAAUCUCAAAGUGAGCCAUCAUCUCAGAAAGCACCGUCUCAGAAAGGACCGUCUCAGAAAGCAAAGCAAGGAGGGAAGAAGAAAAACAAAAAAUAAUGAGGCUGAUUGUCCUUGUUGGAUAAAUUAUGACCAUAGUUUUCAGUCUUCAAUACUGCAAAACUGCACAAACAUGACAAGUGUAUGUGCAAACCCUUUUAGCAACAUCAGAGUUGGUAAAAGUUUAUACUCAGAUUAGCUACACAGUAAAAUUGUAAUUCAUUCUAGAUCCAUACGAACAUUUUGUAUUAUGACUGUUUUACAAAGCUGGGAACUUGCAAUGUUAUAUUACCAACCAUUGAUGCUGUCCAGUUCUGUUCUCCUGAAAACCAGGAUCAUAAAACAAUCUUAAGGUUAAGUCCAAAUCUCAAAUGACGUUAAAAAUAACUUUUUCUUUUAGAAAUCAACCAACGUUUUGUGAAAUAUUCUAUUUUAUAGUGUAUACACAAAAGCUAAAUCAUAAAUUACUUUGUAACUGAAAAGUAAAACAACAUGGACUUAUGUCUACUUAUUCACAAUUCGUGCCCAGGAGUCAUAAACAUAUAUACAUGUAUUAAUUUUGUUGGUGUGUUAUAUUUUCAUUAUUAAUUACAUCCAAGGUUGCAACUGUCAAUGCAAGACUUAACAAAAAGUUAGAGUUGGACAUGUUUGCAACUUUUUAAAUGAUUUAUGUCAAUUGUAUAUACAUUUUGUACAUACAUGAAGUUAUAAUAUAACUUGGUUUUAAUGUUUAACUAUAAAAAGUGAAUUGAAGACAUAAUUAGUUGAUUCAUUGUAUAGAUAGCCCUUUUGAUUUGAACUUUGUAAUAUUUUAGUGUUUUCUCUAUUUAAGCAUUUUGUGAUCGUAUGUGGUUAAUGAUUUUGCACAAACUUUGCUGAGUGGUGUGAAAAGAUAUAUAAUUUAACAUUUCCACAGUAACAUAGACUCCUUUAGAAUGUUAACAUUGUCUUGUGGAUCAUAUCCAAGUUGUCUCAAGAGAGCUUUAUGUUAAAUGUAGUGUUCAUUUGAAGAAAGGUAGUGUGAAAUAUUCAUAGUUUUUAUCAAAUGACGUUUCAAACAUGUUUGCCGUUUUGGUGUUAUUUCUGUCAUUUAAAAAAUAUUGCAUGAUGGAUUUUCAAUUCAUGUACUUGUUUGCAACAAAGAUGCUUACAUGUACAAAUUAUGUACAAAAGUAUACAUCUCCAGAAUGAAUCCUAAUCAACAUUUGGUUAUACAUGUUCACAUUUUUUAUUGACAAAUAAGGCUUGCUGGAUAAGAUGAAUUUAUUGGUGUGUGUAUGCAGGGUGGGGGAGAGGGAGGGGGAAAUCAAUUACUAAAUGUGUGAUUAAUAGCUAAAAUUUUACUCUAGUGAUAGUUUGCUUUUAAUUAAGACAUUAAUUUCAUAAUAUUUUAGGUAUUAUGUGAUAACAUUAUAUCAUACACUGAUUAUAAUUUAUUUCAAUUCCUCUAUAUCUGUUUUAGGCUUUGAUUUUGAUGGUUUUCUGCGUUUUACCAAGGUUUAAUUUUGAUUUUGACUGAAUUAUCUAACAUGUGUAUUGUAUUCUGCCAUACGGCUUUCUUUUAUCAAGAUAUUCAAAACAAGAGAUGACCAGACAACAUCAAAUGGGGAGUCUCGGCUUUCUGAUGAUGGCCCAACUAGUGGGCUGAAACAUGUAAACUGGAUUAAAUUUGCCGAGACUCCCCAUUUAAUGUCUGGUCAUCUCUUCUUUUGAAUUUCAAUUACUCUCAUGGCCAGACUAGUGAAUUCCAUUUAGGAAUAUGUCAACUGGGGUUUGCAGAACUUCACAGAACAUCCACUAGCAGACAUUUGAUCUCACUUUCCUUUGUAUUUUAUCAAGAUAGUUACUGGUAGCGCCAUUCAGUCAGCG